AUGGAGUGGGUUCUACCUACCACAUCGACUCCGGCGGCAGAAAAUAAAGACCGUCUCUACAUCUAUCUCGAGAAUGUCCGUCGCUACACAGACGGUGCUCUUGUUGUUCCGGGAGGCGAAAGAGAUUACCACUGGUCACUGGUUCUUGCACCGAAAGACGAGAGAAAGGAUCAGAACCCAACCUCACAGUCGCAGUCGUCAUCGUCAGCGACACCUUCAGGAACAAGCCUAGGCCGUGGCGCAACGGGGAAGCGCUUUCACGCGAAACAAGAGGUAGUCCCAGGGACAAUGAACGUGCGGUACCAGUUUGUGCAGGAUUCCAUCUCCUUGGGCCUGCGGGGGAACAACGACGGGUGGCCAGACAUGCUCGGUACACCAUCCAACAGACAGGGACGACAGCCAGCCCGGGUCCUGACCGUGAGGGUGUUGAUCGCAAAGACAUCACAGCCAUCACGUCUAGCCGAUGUCCUAUCGCGUGUCCCAGUGCGCAACGACGCAGCUGAUUGGGAUUCCGAGAUGUGGGUCAAAGACGCUUUAGUCGCUAUCGACAACGAGGACCACGCCGCACCCGGCAAUGAACCUCUUCUGGUGUCGCGGGCCGUCGGCACAGAGUACUGGCACAGUGCAUGGAGAAUUGUCAGACAUAGAGCCUGGGAGUUCUACCAGCGUGCGUUGCAAGAACGACUUACUGGUGGAAGGAGUUGGAACAGUUUGCCUACACAUGAUCUGCUCACCAAGACGGAUGUUAUUAGGUGA